GGCGCCGUUCUCUACAAAGUGGAGAGCAGCUGUGUGUUUCAUUAACUAAAUAGUGGAGUUUGACAAGUCAGAGAACUGCCCAAAAGCACUGUCGCCCUACUAUUUAUUUUGCUGUCCUUCGCCAUUUUGGCUGAAAAUGCUUGAGGCCAGACAGAGAAGUGGAAGGCGGGUAUUCUGUCCUUUUGGGAGCGGCGGCACGGGUGUAACUUUGCCUCUACACCGGUAGUCGAAUGCGUCCCACGUCGGGGCCUCUGGAAGGGAUGGAUUGUGGCAGAUGGAACAUUGACCGCUUAAACGUGGAUCAGGAAAACUAAACAACUUUUCUGUCUUGGAAAGAAAAGCCGGCGGUAGUGAACGACUAUUCCUCCGUCUAUGGAUAUAUCAUAUUCUCGUGGACACGAACUCAAAUUCACAGCUGAAACUUGCUAACUGGCUAUAUUUUCGAGGAAGCUAAUGUAGCUAGAAUGCUAUCCGUGCCUUGGUAGUUAGCAGCAAUCAACCAGCGCAAAUGCGGCCACACCCUCCACCGCUUCCUGAUACUGGCUAUGUAGCGGGGGACUAAACUCACUUUGUGAGAAGGAACGACAACCACUUCUUCUGAAUGAAGCGUCAAGGUAAACACCAAGUGUUGCAGUUUUGGACUACUUCAAUGAAACUUGCGUUUUAGACGAUAAGACACAGCGUCGAGAUGAAUAUCGAAACCGAAACCGGACACCACCUAUGCUGGACAAGACUUCGCCCCACUAAAGUUUGCUAAGCAUAUUCAAUAGAUAUGCUCAUGGAAUUCACUCUGGAGAGAGAACUCGUUUCUACCACGGGGUCUUGCAUGAGAAAGAAAAGGUUGAAAGCAGAGGAGCGCCUGUCCCGUGGCUAUUUGGUCUCUCUGGGUCCGAAUCCGUUUCAUUGAUGAAACGAUGGUGCACGAGAAGCAGAACGGUCUUGAAGAGGUCAAUCGGAACUGGUCACGGAGCGCAGGCAUGCGUCUGCCUCACUGUUACAAUAGGGUGGCCGAAGUCGGUGGAUACAGUUUAGAUCACAGUUUGGUGAAUCUACAUCCUGCCACCCUCACGCAGCGAGGAUAUCAUAGUUCGUUUUCACUUGGUGCGGUUUAAGAAGAGAGGAUGUGAUUUCCUAUUUAAAUUGGCAUUUUUAUUGAGUCAAAUAAAAAAAGAAAGUGAAUUUUACCCAUUUUCGGGAGGAAGACGUUUUGAAUCUCCAGUCAUCUUGCACUUUGUUUUUGAGAACGGAAACCUUGAAGCACUGCAACCAACAUCUUGGAUUUUAUUCAUCUGGUAUUCUAUGGACCAAAAUAGCUAAUGGAAACCUGUGAAAACGUCACUCCUACAGACAUCAGGGGCACAAUACAAAGUAACAUGUUGUGACACAAAAGUGAUGGAAUCAUGUAAUGUGCAAGAUUGAAACGAUAGUUUUGACACUGAGGAACUCGGCAUGUAGGCUAUAAUUGAAGGGAUUUUUGUUUUCUUUGACUUAUUUUCUUUUUUGUUGAAUGAUAUUGCUCACAUACAUAGAAAUCAGUACGCUGUACUGAGUAUCGCCUAGCCCAUAUUAUAUGCAGUGCCUUGAGUUAAAACAAGAUUAUAUUGUCUUGUUGGAAGGGUUCCUGCAAAUGUUUACCACAAAGUUUCAAUGUCCUGCCCUCUUUCAACGGUGUCAGUGGAUUUUAAUGUUUUGAAGGACAUCAAGGAAGACUUCUUGGCCAGUUUCAAUAUUUGUAAAGAAGGUGCAGUUAUAUGUCUUACUUACAAAGAUGUCUUAAUAUACAUGUGUUCACUAUGGCGUGUACAGCGUAAUCUAUUUUUGUAUCAGUCCAAAACCCAGACUGCCAGCCCGACCACCCUACUAUGGCUAGUAGUGGCUCGGGCAAGUCAGCCAGUGGUGAGCUUCCUUCCAGCGUUCCGAGUGGCAGCGUACAGCAGAGGAAAAAACUGACUUCCAUCUGUGAUGCGUGCAAGAGCAAAAUGCAGCUGGUGGCAGACCUGCUGCUCCUGUCCAGCGAGACCAGGCCCGUCAUCAGCUCAGAGGGGGUGUUCGUCGCCGAGACCUUCGAGAAGUGCCGGGACACGGUGAUCGCCCGCACCAAGGAGCUGUCCAUUCUCACGCACGACAUCCAGAGCCAGCUCAACAUGGGCAAGUUCGUGGAGGUGGGCGAGCGGCUGGUGGAGAUGGGUGACCUGGUGGUCUCCCUCACAGAGUGCUCGGCCCACGCCGCCUACUUGGCCGCCGUGGAGACGCUGGGCUCCCAGCCCGCCGUGCUGGGCCUGGUGGACCGCUACAAGGUGACCCGCUGCCGGCACGAGGUGGAGCAGAGCUGCAGCGUGCUGCGGGUCACCUGCCUGGCCGACCUGACGCCCCAGGUGCUGCUGGAGGUGUCGCAGAACAUCUCGCGCAACCUCCGCACCCUCUCGGACGUGUCCACGCUGGCCAGCGAGAAGUCCAAGGACAAGUUCGCCAAGGAGCAGUUCAGGGCCAGCGUGCGCUGCAUCAGCACCAGCGCCCAGGCCCUGCUGGCCUGCGUCAAGGAGGUCAAGACCUCGCCCAGCGAACUGACACGGAACCGCUGUGUGCUGUUCUGCGGACCCCUGGUGCAGUCGGUGCACGCGCUGGUGGGCUUCGCCACAGAGCCGCAGUUUCUGGGCAAGGCGGCCGCCAUCAGUCCCGAGGGCAAGGCGGUGCAGACCGCGGUGCUGGGCGGGGCCAUGAGCGUUGUGUCGGCGUGCGUCCUGCUGACCCAGGGCCUCAGGGAUAUCUUGCAGCACCCCGAGAGCAGCGCCAAGAUGGCCGACUACCGGGAGCGCUUGCGGAACUCGGCCUGCGCCGUGUCGGACGGCUGCACGCUGCUCUCUCAGGCACUAAGGGAUCGCUCCUCGCCCAGGACCUUACCGCCAGUCAACUCCCACUCUGUGAAUUAAUGUCAAUUAACCUCCCUUUCACCUCUCUCUCUCUCACCCUCCCCUCAGUUUUCUAAUAAUUUCAGUUCUCUACUCACUUACCUACCUACACCUCUCUCACCCUCCCCUCAGUUUUCUAAUCAUUUCAGUUCUCCACCUACCUACCUACCUAUCCAUUAGUUGACAUACCAAAGAAAACUCCUAAUGAUUGUUCAGGAUGGGUGGAUAGAUAACCUUUCUGUUUCUUUUUCCCAGCUCGGUAUUCUUGUCCAUGAGAUGAGAAUAACAGAGGAGUGUAAAACAAGGUAGAAACAACAACAUACGAGUUGCAGGUUUUUUUUCUCACGCUGGAUGUGAUUUAAAAACCAUCACUAAAACUGACCGGUAACUAAUCUCUAGUCCACACUCACUCUUGGCUUUGUAAUGCCAAAACACAACAGAAAUCAUACAAAACCACCCAGUCAAUUUCAAAAGCGGAAAAAGUUUACCUCAGUUUUCAGCUGUUUUGAAAACGACAGACAAAAUGAUGGAUGUAGCUUCACUUGUCUGACUAAUGACAUGGUGAUCCUGUAGAAGUACAUGAAUUUUAGUGAGUGAGUGUGGGAAGAGUGUUCAUACUUGUGUUUCCAUGUGUGAAUUUUGUUUUUUUAAAUGGGUUAAACGCUGCUGUGAGUGUGUGCCAUAGGUUUUACACUAUUUACCAGACUUACAAUAGUAUUGUAAUGUGUUUUUGAUCAUGCAUGUACUGGAGUAUUUAUUUCAUCUAUUAAAAUGUUGUUUUCUCAUG